GUCCUUACUGACUCCCCGGUUCGAUCAGCGGCCACAGGGAGCGACAGUAAACAUCAGCGGCUGCAGCGCUCCCAUGCUUUUCAUCAGACAAACUUAACGUCGAGUCAAUUUAAAGAUCGUCUUUGGCUGUGGAGAAGAGACACGUGGCGAGCGGGAGAGGGGGAAGGAUGGAUCGUCGGCCCGGAGCUAGAGCCUCCCCCCGGGGAAGCCGGCGUCAGACGCGAGGCCUCGCGGGCCGCUGACCUGCUGUCUCCUUGAUUUAUGGCGGCUGGGGGGCUCUGGCCACUGCAGACUCCUCCCCCUUCUCUUCUCCGUUUCCCUGCGCACACACCGCAGGUCUGGACGGAGACACACGCGCCGCAGGAGGAUCUGGAGAGGGGUUCCUUCUAAACGUGUCGCUCCGCUUCUUUCCCAAAAUAAAGCCCCCCUCACAUUCCCCACUCUGUCCCACCAUCCCACCACCCAUCAGUUAGAGCCGUGUGUGUGUUACAAUCAUGGUGUGUUGGGUGCAGAGCUCCGCCCCCUAACGUAGCGGCUGCGAAGAGGCGGGGCCGGAUCGAUGGAAGUGCGCUGAGCGACGAGAUGACGCUCGAGUUUUCGCGCAGCCUGAGAGAAACCAGCAGCACGCCGCCCUCCGUGGGAUUUACCGAGACGAAACCGAGGGCGCACGUUUAAUUUGAGACCCGCUUCGGUUGGAACGUUGCACAUGAAAUCCGUCACGGCACUUUAAAUCCCCGUCUAACUUUGAAAGAUUUAAACCCCCCACCCCCCGAGGGUGCCCUCACCAUGGUGUUGCCGCCCCCAGACAAACGCCACGUGUGCCUGACCACCAUCGUCAUCAUGACCAGCAUGGCCUUCAUGGACGCCUACCUGGUGGAGCAGAACCAGGGUCCCAGGAAGAUCGGCGUGUGCAUCAUAGUGCUGGUGGGGGACGUCUGCUUCUUAAUCGUCCUGCGGUACGUGGCGGUGUGGGUCGGCGCCGAGGUGCGCACCGCUCGGCGAGGCUACGCCAUGAUCCUGUGGUUCCUGUACAUCUUCGUCCUGGAGAUCAAACUCUACUUCGUCUUCCAGAACUGCAAGGCCGACAGGAAGAGUCUGGAGACGGUGGCGCGGAAAGCUUUGACGUUACUGUUGUCGGUGUGCGUGCCGGGUUUGUAUUUGAUCCUCGUGGCUCUGGAUAGCAUGGAAUACGUUAGAACUUUCCGGAAGAAGGAGGACAUGAGGAGCCGUCUGUUCUGGGUGGCGCUGGACCUGCUGGACCUGCUGGACAUCCAAGCCAAUCUAUGGGAGCCGCAGCGGACAGGCCUGCCCAUCUGGGCCGAAGGCCUGAUGUUCUUCUACUGCUACAUCCUGCUGCUCAUCCUGCCCUGCGUGUCGCUCAGUGAAAUCAGCAUGCAGGGCGAGCACAUGUCCCCCCAGAAGAUGAUGCUGUACCCGGUCCUGAGCCUGGUCACCAUCAACGUGGUCACCAUCCUCAUCCGUGGCGUGAACAUGGUGCUGUUCCAGGACAGCCGCGUCUCCACCAUCUUCGUGGGCAAGAACGUGGUGGCCAUCGCCACCAAGGCGUCCACCUUCCUGGAGUACCGCAAGCAGGUGAAGGAGUUCCCUCACCCGCAGAACGCCAUGGCGCUGGAGCUGCAGCAGAACUCGGUGAGCCACACGCAGGCGCUGCCCAACGCCACCAGUUUGCCACACGAACCUUCACCAGCUCAGGACGUCAUCGACACAUGACUGCCAGCGCUGGAGACGGGCCGAGAGGUCGGGAAAUAAAGACAUCGGCUGCGCGACAGGAUGUCACGCUCAGACAAACUGCUGUGAAACCACAAAAAGAGAUUUUUAGCAUCAGCUGCCUUUCAGAAAACUCAGUGACUCUAAGCGCAGCGUGUGAACCGUGUUUUUUUUUUAAAUGUGCUGUUGUGUUUUUAAUUGUUUCACAUGUUUUCAAAAGUUCAAACUUUAUUAAGAAACCAUCUCCAAGCUGUGCAGCCCCGUGGCAUUUUGUUGUGAGGUUGGACAGCUGGUUCCCCCUCAGUGAGCCGCUCCUGUUUAUUUCUUUUAUUUUUUCUUCCUUUCUUAAAUGUCACAUUUUUACAGUGCAACUGUGGCAUUUUCUUUUGAAUCCCAGCAGCAAAAGGACAUACCACUCAGCGUGGAGCGGUGAUGGAGGAGGAGGAGCAGAGGGCAACAAAAAGUCAGUCCUGAUGCUCGCGCUGCGUUGUCCGGAGCGAGCUUGGUGGCUUUUAUGAUCCGUUCUGCUGAGAGGGGAGCUGCGUGAAAAGCUGCUGCUGUGGUCAGUGUGAAGCUUUACAAUCUCAGCCCCCUGUGAACGCAGCGGUGCACAACUAUACCAUCCACAGCAAUUAUCCCAGCAAGGGUUUCAUGGUGUGUGUGUCUGUGCAGGGAUGUGAAUCUGCUGAGGAUGUCUGCUCAAAUGCACCGGGGGGGUUUCUGUUAUUUACAGCGGUUUUGGAACACAAGCGAGCGCUUGAUUGGUGUUCUAAUCUUCAAAUGAAUAAAACUAAAUGUGGACGUCAUAAACGAGACAAAACCAUUGUUUAAAGAGGAGUUUUUGUUGUCUGUACUGUACAUUCCACCUAAAGUGUUUCAAGCCUUGAGGUGCAGAGCUCAAAGGAAAAUUGGCAAAUAAUUUAAAAAAAGUAUAGAACAAAAAUAAUGUUUCUCAGUUUAUUAUUAUUAUUAUUAUU